AUGGCAACGUCAAAGGCCAGCACGGCCUGUCUUGUGGGUAGCACGGGCUUAGUGGGCUCUCACAUCCUCACCACCCUAGCAGCCCAUCCCGAAAUCUCUUCGGUGUACGCCUACACGCGCAGAGACAACCUCCCAGCAACAACGUCCGUUAAACCUGCAAGCAGCCCAAAGGUGCGCUACAUCUCCAACAUCGACACCUCCGCCUGGCACAGUCAAUACCCUUCGAAUGCGAGAGUCUUCUUCUCCGCACUGGGCACAACAGCCCGGAGAGCCGGAAGCUUUGCCAACCAGCGCAAGAUCGACUAUGACCUCAACGUGGCGCUGGCUCAGGCCGCCAAGAACGCUGGCGCGACGGUGUAUGUCCUGAUCUCCACUUCCGGUGCGUCGGUCAGCUCGAUCUGGCCCUAUUCGAGGAUGAAAGGCGAGCUGGACGAGGCGGUCAAAAAGAUUGGGUUCGAGCAUACGAUCAUCCUCAAGCCGGGCCUGCUGGUGGGGAUGCGCGAGGAUAGCAGGCCUGGGGAGUUUGCAGCGCGGACAGUGGCAGGGGCUUUGGGGAAGGUCAGUGGUGGGUGGUUGACAGAUGGGUGGGCACAGGAUGCGGAUGUCGUUGCGAGAGCUGCUGUAGUUGCGGGCUUGCAGGCUGUCGCUGGUGAGAGUAAGAAAGGGUCCAGAGAGUUGGGGCAAAAGGAGAUCGUGAGGCUCGGGCGGCAGACUUGA